AUGUUGGGGCUUAUCCUUGUACGUUUAUUCCUUCUGAUGGAGGUGUACAACCCCGUAGUUCUAGCGAACAAUACAACCACAGACAAUGCAACAACAAUAGAGACAACAACAUUGCCUCCUACAACUACUGAGGCUACGACUACGACAACUCCUGUUCCUCAGCCCAACAACCGGAUCUGCCCAGGUAAUUCGGGAAUGGUCGACUCUACAAGAGUAAUGGCAAAAUCUGCCCACAAUUAUCGCAGGUAA